AACCGGAAAGGCCUUUCACUCAUCUCUCCACCCUCUUUCUCUCUCUAGAACCGGAACGGCCUCGCCCUCAUUAAUGCACCCUCGUCUCGUUCAUUAUCCUACCCCUGUAAGACCCAGCACUACUCUCCCCUAUAAAUACCACCUGUCAUCUCCUCACAAAGACACGUGUCGGACUGCCUCCCUUGCCCCACCUCACCGUAUAUUUAUACGGCCCCCCUAUGUAUACGUGGCUACUCUAUAUAUUUAUAAUAUAUGUUUUCAGAGCAAUGGUUAAACGGUUUCUUCGUCUCUGUUCUAUUGUUUAGAUCUCAGAUCAUGGCUUGAGCUUUGUCGAAUUGAUUUGAUCUGAUUAUUUUAUUGUUAUUUAGGGUUUGGAUUCAUGGUGGCUAUGGAUUUUAGGGUUUUCUAGCUGUGCUAUGAAGGGAUGUGUUGGAUCCCUUGUGUGAAUUCAUUGAGAUUUGAUGCUUUGAGAGGGAAUUGCAGCUGGUUCGUUCUUUUUGCGGGCGAUGGCGCCUUCUCCCGUUAUCGUAUUCUUCUGGCUUUUGAUGGUGUCAGCUGUGGGAUGGGUGGUUUUCAUGUUUGCUGCAAGGCUCAUCGCUUGGUUGCUAAGCCGGAUCCUUGGUGCUUCGGUUGGCUUUCGGGUCACUGGAUUGAACUCAGCUAGGGAUGUGGUGUUGAAGUUUAAGAAGGGUGGUGUUGAAUCUGUUUUUGUUGGAGAAGUUAAAAUCAGCUUGCGGAAGUCUCUGGUCAAGCUUGGGUGGAGUUUUAUUUCAAAGGAUCCAAAGCUGCAAGUUCUGAUUACUGAUUUGGAAAUAGUUUUAAGGCGUCCAGAAAAAACUGUGAAGAAAGUUCAACAUCGGAAAUCUCAGUCUGCAAGUAGAGGGAAGUGGAUUCUUAUCACUAAUGUCAGCAGACUGGUAUCAAUUUCUGUUACCGAAUUAAUUGUAAAGAUUCCAAAAGGUACCAUAGGUGUUCCAAAAGCUGCAAUCGAAGUGAAAGAUCUGAAACUGGAUAUAUUUAAAGGAGGUGGAGCAAUACCAAAUUUGUCUUUCAAAUUACAAUUACUUCCUUUCCUUGUUAAUGUGGGAGAAUGGAGGCUCAGCUAUGACCUGACAGCUGGUUCUAUAACUGGCGGAAAUAUCUUGAGACAGACUUAUCCAGCUGCAGUGGAGAAGAUAUUUGCUCCUUUCAGCUGUGAAGAAUUAUCCCUCUUCUGUGAGUUAGGACAUGACAGGGAAUCUGGAGUCGUGGUCAAAAACUUGGAUGUCACAAGUGGAGAAGUCCUUGUCAAUCUUAAAGAGGACUUGUUUCAGAAAAAAUCUUACUCAGAAGAACCCUUUCUUGGUGGACAUGCUAAUGUUGAGGCUGUUUCUGAGCCUUUGUCUGAUACAAAUAUUUAUGAGCCUAUAUCAGCAUCAAAAUCAUUGAAAACAUCCAACCAUAAGGGCAGUGCUGUUCUAUCAGUCAAAAAGUAUAUUUCGCGGUUUCCGGAAAAGGUUAGCUUCAAUAUGCCAAAGCUGGAUGUGAGAUUUAUGCAUGAAGGUCAGCGCCUCCUUGUUGAAAAUAACAUAAUGGGUAUUCAACUGAGAAGCAGCAAAUCACAGUCCUCUGAAGAUCUAGGGGAAUCUACAUCACAUUUUGAUAUUCAAGUGGAUUUCAGUGAGAUUCAUCUUCUUAGAGAGGAAGGGAAGUCUGUCCUGGAGAUACUGAAAGUGGUUAUUACUACUUCCUUUUAUGUUCCAACACAAUUGACGAUGCCUUUGAGAGCUGAAGUCGAUAUCAAGCUUGGGGGUACCCAAUGCAACAUACUUACCAGCAGAUUGAAGCCUUGGAUGUUCCUUUACCUUGCAAAGGAGAGAAAAGGAAAGUCUUCUAGAGUUCUUCCUGAAGGGAAAAAUGCUCCAAGCACAUCUCCAUCAACUGAUAUGAAAGCAAUCAUGUGGACAUGUACUGUCUCAGCCCCAGAAAUGACUAUCGUGCUUUAUGGUCUCAACGGCUUGCCGCUGUAUCAUGGGUGCUCACAAUCUUCACAUUUGUUUGCAAACAAUAUAACAAGUACGAAGAUUGCAGUUCAUAUGGAACUUGGAGAAUUGCAUCUCCACAUAGCAAAUGAAUACCAUGAAUGUUUAAAGGAAAGCCUUUUUGGUGUGGAAACAAACACUGGAUCCUUGAUGCAUAUAGCACGGGUGAGUCUUGAUUGGGGGCACAAAGAAGUGGAAUUGUCAGAUGAAGAAAAUUCUCUAACUUGCUGGAAGCCAAUGUUUGUCAUUGACAUAACUGGAAUGGGUUUAUACUUCACAUACCAGCGUCUUGAGUCAAUAAUAUCGACUACACUUUUCAUUCAAGAAUUUUCAAAGUGUCUGUCCAAUCUCGGUAAAAAGUCAAGCCAAAAGAGUAUGCAUCUUUCAAACAAAAAACCAUCAAAAGGAGGUCUUAUUAUAAAGCUUAACCUUGAAAGAUGUUCUGUGAAUCUUUGUGGUGAAGUAAGUAUGGAGAAUGCCGUGGUUGCAGAUCCCAAGCGGGUUAACUUUGGGUCACAGGGGGGUGUGGUGGUUAUCAGUGGAAGUGCUGAUGGUACACCACGCAGUGCAAAAAUUUCAUGCAUGACAUCUGGAGAGAGGAAAGAACUGAAAUUCACUGUGUCACUUGAUAUUUUUCAUUUUGCGCUAUGCAUUAAUAAGGAAAAGCAAUUUACACAGAUGGAGCUAGAAAGGGCAAGAUCUGUUUAUGAGGAACUCUCUGAAGAAAGUAAGGUUGAUUCAAAAGUUACCCUGUUGGAUAUGCAGAAUGCAAAAUUUGUUCGUCGCUCUGGUGGUGCUAAUGAGGUUGCUGUGUGCUCUCUCUUCAGUGCAACUGAUAUUUCCGUCAGGUGGGAGCCUGAUGUUCAUCUCUCAUUUUAUGAGUUUGGUUUGCGGCUGAAGUCAUCCUUUCUGUGUCAGAAGUGUCGGAAUCGGGAUGAAAUUCGCAGGUUGCAAAACGAUUUCUUUGUGAGAUUAGAUGGAGCAUCUGAAAAAGAAGCACAUGUUGACCUCUUAGAAUCUGAUAAGCAUCAUAAGAAGAAGGAGCUUGUAUUUGCUAUUGAUGUAGAAAUGUUGAGUUUAUCUGCUGAUCUUGCUGAUGGUGUGGAAGCAUUUGUCCAAGUACAAUCAAUAUUUUCUGAGAAUGCCAGAAUUGGGAUACUCCUUGAAGGUCUUACACUAAGUCUUAAUGAGGCCAGGGUAUUCAAAAGCAGCCGUAUGCAAAUUUCACGAAUUCCUACCAUACCCACUAUGAGUAGUUCAUUUGAUGCCAAAGUACAUCCAAUCACCACUUGGGACUGUGUUAUUCAAGGAUUUGAUGUCCAUAUUUGUAUGCCUUAUAGGUUGCAGUUACGUGCAAUUGAAGAUGCAGUUGAGGACAUGUGGAGGGGCUUGAAGCUUAUCAUGUCUGCUAGAAGGUCAUUGUUAUUUCCCAUGAAGAAAGAGGGUGCAAAGCCUUCAAAGAAUCAAUCAACAAAAUUUGGGUCUGUUAAGUUUGGCAUACGCAAGAUUACUGCUGAGAUUGAGGAAGAACCAAUUCAGGGAUGGCUUGAUGAACAUUAUCAGAUGAUGAAAACUCAAAUUUGUGAACAAGAUGUUCGAUUGAAGUUUCUUGAUGAAAUUGUUUCUGAAGGAUUGAAAUGUGGUGGAAAUCAUGAGCCAAAUGAACAGAAGCAGGCCAUAGGAUCUGAAAUAGAUCCUUGUAAUGGUUCAUCAGUCAAAAAUUUGCGAGAGGAAAUCCAAAAGCAGGCAUUUCAGUCGUACUAUCAGGCAUGCCAAAAAUUAGUGAAAUCAGAUGGAUCCGGUGCCUGUAAAAGAGGUUUUCAGGCUGGUUUCAAGCGAAGUACUGCAAGAACUUCUCUUUUGUCUCUUUCUGUUACCGAGUUGGAUGUAACCUUGACUGCAAUUGAAGGCGGUCAUGAUGGGAUGAUUGAUUUGAUUAAGACUCUUGACCCUGCUGCCAUGGAGACCAAUGUCCCAUUCUCCCGGUUGCUUGGAAGGCACAUUGUUGUACACACUGGUUCACUUGUCCUUCAAUUGAGAAAUUUUACAUAUCCAUUACUAUCUACAGCUGCCGGAAAAUGUGAAGGUGGCAUAGUCUUUGCACAACAGGCUACAUGUUUCCAACCACAAAUUCUACAAGAUGUUUUCAUUGGAAAGUGGAGGAGGGUGGCCAUGUUGCGGUCAGCUAGUGGUACAACACCACCUAUGAAAAUGUACUCGGAAUUGCCUCUAUAUUUUGAGAAAGCAGAAGUGUCUUUUGGAGUGGGUUUUGAACCGGCUUUUGCUGAUGUAAGCUAUGCCUUUACGGUAGCCCUUCGCAAGGCUAAUUUAAGUACUAGGAAUUUUGAUCUGACUUCCCAAGCCCAAAAUGCUCCAGUCAAUGUCAAUACUUCCGAAAAUCAGCCUCCUAAGAAGGAACGUAGCUUGCCUUGGUGGGAUGAUAUGCGUUACUACAUUCAUGGAAAAAAUAAUUUAUCCUGCUCUGAGUUAAAAUGGAAUAUUCUUGCAACGACUGAUCCUUACGAAAAGAUUGAGAAGCUCCACAUUGUUUCGGGCUACACAGAUAUUCAGCAGUCAGAUGGUCGCAUUCUUCUUAAUGCCAAGGACUUUAGGAUUUUUCUAAGCAGUUUGGAGCGUCUAAUAAACAAUUAUAGUAUAAAACUGCCAGCUGAUGUUUUUGGAGCUUUCCUGCAGUCCCCUACCUUCACUCUUGAAGUCACAAUGGACUGGGCAUGUGAAUCUGGUAGUCCCCUUAAUCACUACUUACAUGCUUUCCCAAAUGAACGUCAACCACGCAAGAAAGUUUAUGAUCCUUUCCGAUCGACUUCCCUCUCCCUUCGUUGGAAUUUUUUGCUUAGGCCUUCUGGUUAUCCAUUUGGUGAACAAGCUCAACUAUUUGGUAUGUUGGAUUCAGAUCCCUUGCAAAAAUCAGAGAAUAAUUCAGCCGAUUCCCCUAUCAUGAAUUUGGGUGCCCAUGAUUUAAUAUGGAUAUUCAGGUGGUGGAAUAUGAAUUAUAAUCCUCCUCAUAAGUUACGCUCUUUCUCUAGAUGGCCACGUUUUGGAAUACCUCGAGUAGCUAGAUCAGGUAAUUUGUCGCUGGACAAAGUGAUGACAGAGUGCAUGCUGCGUGUUGAUGCAACGCCAACUUGCAUCAAACAUGUUCCUCUAGUGGAUGAUGAUCCUGCCCAUGGUUUGACCUUCAGAAUGACGAAGUUAAAAUAUGAACUCGGCUAUAGUCGUGGUAGGCAGCGAUAUACCUUUGAUUGCAAGCGUGAUCCUUUAGAUCUUGUUUACCAGGGUCUUGAUCUGCACAUGCUGAAAGCUGAAAUAAAGAAACGGCAUUGUGCAUGCAUUUCUCAAGACAAUCAAAAGACAAAAAGAAGUCAACUAACUGGAUUUGCAGACAGACUUAGCAAUGGAAAAUGCCACAAUUUGGGAGCCUGCAGUGAGAAGCAUUCUCAGGAUGGGUUUCUCUUGUCUUCUGACUAUUUUACAAUAAGAAGGCAGGCUCCAAAAGCAGAUCCCACCAGAUUAUUAGCAUGGCAAGAAGCAGGAAGGCGAAAUCUUGAGACAACUUAUGUUAGAUCUGAGUUUGAAAAUGGCAGUGAGAGUGAUCAUACUCGAUCAGAUCCAAGUGAUGAUGAUGGAUUUAACGUGGUCAUUGCUGACAAUUGUCAGCGUGUAUUUGUUUAUGGCCUCAAGCUUCUUUGGACUUUAGAGAAUAGAGAUGCUGUUUGGUCAUGGGUUGGUGAAAUAUCAAAAGCAUUUGAAUCCCCGAAGCCCUCUCCAUCUCGGCAAUAUGCGCAGCGGAAGCUAAUGGCCAAGCAGCAGGCCUUUGAUGAAGCAGAUGCUCCUCCAGAUGAAGCUUUUCAAUCUUCUCCUACUCCCAAGUGCGAUGAUACUAACAUACCUUCACCGCUACAUGGGGACAGUUUGACGUCGUCUCCAUUGCCUUCUGUCAAAAUGGAGGGUUUGUCUUCUGGUGCUGUUGUUAAGCAUGGAGGCAUUGAUGACAGUGAGGAGGAAGGGACAAGGCAUUUUAUGGUGAAUGUGAUUCAACCUCAGUUCAAUCUUCAUUCUGAAGAUGCUAAUGGUAGAUUUUUACUUGCUGCAGCUAGUGGCCGUGUCUUGGCCCGAUCGUUUCAUUCAGUUGUUCAUGUUGGCUAUGAGAUGAUUCAGCAAGCACUUGGCACUGGUGGAGUGCCCAUUUCUGGGUCUGAACCUGAAAUGACUUGGAAACGUGUGGAAUUCAAUGCUAUGUUGGAACAUGUCCAAGCACAUGUUGCACCAACUGAUGUUGAUCCAGGAGCUGGUUUGCAAUGGCUACCAAGAAUUCCUAGGAGCUCCCCAAAAGUGAAGCGUACUGGUGCAUUACUUGAGAGAGUGUUUAUGCCAUGUACUAUGUACUUCCGCUACACAAGACACAAAGGUGGCACAGCAGACUUGAAGAUGAAACCUUUGAAAGAGCUUGCUUUUAAUUCUCCAAAUAUCACAGCAACAAUGACAUCCCGCCAGUUUCAGGUCAUGCUAGAUAUCCUAAGCAAUCUUCUCUUCGCCAGGCUUCCCAAGCCUCGUAAAUCUAGUCUCUCAUAUCCUGCUGAUGAGGACGAAGAUGUUGAAGAAGAGGCAGAUGAGGUUGUUCCUGAAGGUGUUGAAGAAGUAGAACUUGCACGAAUCAACCUUGAGCAAGCAGAAAGAGAACAAAAGUUGAUUCUUGAUGACAUUAGGACCCUAGCUGUUCCUAGUGAUACCUCCGGGGAGAUAAGCUCCAUACUAGAAAAGUAUGGUGAUCUAUGGAUGAUUACUAGCGGGAAGUCUGUACUGGUUCAAUGUUUAAAGAAAGAGUUGGGAGAUAAACAAAUGGCUAGGAAGGCAGCAUCUGUGUCUUUAAGGCUGGCUUUACAGAAAGCUGCACAUUUACGCCUCAUGGAGAAGGAGAAAAACAAAAGCCCCUCUUAUGCAAUGCGGAUUUCUUUGAGAAUCAAUAAAGUGGUAUGGAGCAUGCUAGCAGAUGGUAAAUCGUUUGCAGAAGCCGAGAUAAAUAACAUGAACUAUGAUUUUGAUCGCGAUUACAAAGAUAUUGGUGUUGCACAAUUUACAACAAAGUCAUUUGUUGUGAGAAACUGCAUGCCUAAUGUCAAAUCUGAUAUGCUGUUAUCUGCGUGGAAUCCUCCUCCUGAAUGGGGAAGAAACGUUAUGCUUCGUGUAGAUGCGAAGCAGGGAGCCCCAAAGGAUGGAAGUUCUCCUCUUGAACUUUUCCAGGUAGAGAUUUAUCCCUUGAAAAUACAUCUGACUGAGACAAUGUACAGAAUGAUGUGGGACUAUUUCUUUCCUGAAGAAGAACAAGAUUCACAAAGACGCCAGGAAGUAUGGAAAGUGUCAACAACAGCGGGUUCAAGACGUGGAAAGAAAAAUAUAUCUUUAUCUGCAGAAUCUGUGGCAUCAAGCAGUCGCUCAGUUAGAGAAUCUGAAGUUCCCAUUAAACAUGGCAUGUCUGCUACACCCUCAAUGGCCACAGGCUUAAGUCAGAGUUCACAUGGUGAUGUCUCCCAAGGCUCAAAAUUGCAGAACCUGAAAGCAAAUAUGGUCUGUGGCACAAAUUCAGAGCUCCGGCGAACCUCCUCUUUCGAUAAAAACUGGGAAGAGAAUGUGGCUGAAUCAGUUGCUGUUGAGCUAGUAUUACAAGUUCAUUCUGCAAGUGUAUCUAAUACAAAAAGCGAGUCUCUUAACUCAUCCUCUGAGCACCAGUAUGCUGGCUAUGAGGAUACCUCAAAGAGCAGGUCGAAAGACCCCAAGCCCACACUCAAGUCUGGCCGCUUUUCCCAUGAAGAGAAGAAGGUUGGAAAGUUGCAAGAUGAGAAAAGAUCUAAGGGGAGGAAGACAAUGGAGUUUCACAAUAUCAAGAUAAGCCAGGUUGAAUUGCUUGUUACCUACGAGGGUUCAAGGUUUGCAGUGAACGACCUAAGGCUUUUGAUGGAUACUUUCACCCGUGUAGAUUUCACGGGCACGUGGAGGCGACUCUUCUCACGUGUUAAGAAGCAUAUCAUAUGGGGAGUUUUGAAGUCUGUGACUGGCAUGCAGGGUAAAAAAUUUAAAGACAAAGUCCAGAGCCAAAGACAAGUCAGUGGGGGAGCCUCACCAGAUAGUGACCUGAACUUCAGUGACAGUGAUGGGGGGCAAAAUGGUAAAUCAGACCAGUACCCCAUAUCGUGGUUCAAGAGGCCAAGCGAUGGGGCAGGUGAUGGGUUUGUGACGUCCAUAAGGGGGCUCUUCAACUCUCAAAGGCGAAGAGCCAAGGCCUUUGUGUUGAGAACAAUGAGGGGGGAUGCCGAGAAUGAGUUCCAGGGUGAGUGGAGUGAAAGUGAUGCCGAGUUUUCCCCUUUUGCGAGGCAGCUGACCAUCACUAAGGCAAAGAGGCUCAUAAGACGUCAUACAAAGAAGUUCCGGACCACCCGAAAAGGUGUAUCUCAGCAAAGAGAGUCAGUUCCAUCAUCACCAAGAGCAACACCGUUCGAUAGCGAUUCCUCUAAUGCUUCUUCCCCAUAUGAGGACUUCCACGAAUAAGUUCUCUGAUCAUCAACAAUCUCUCAAAGGCUAGAAUCAGACUUGCCAAGUGCCAGUCCAGAAGAAUCUGAGGCUUGUGCUUCCCGCUCAACUCUUCCAUUUCAAACCAAAAAGAAAUGGUGCGCAUGUUGCCAGAGAUUGAAUAAUUUAUUGAAGGUUUUGGGAUAAAAUGCAGCUGCUCGUGGUCGUCGAGGAACUGCAUUGGUUUUAUUCACUUGCGACGAGCUAAGUGCUUGUCAGUGACAACCUGCCUGAAAUGGGGUGGGUCAAAUGUAAGUCUCUCUCUCUCUCUCUCUCUCUCUCUCUCUCUCGUCCCUUCCCCCCUACCCCCCAGGGCAGUUUUCCAUGUCUUGCAUUUUUUGUAUAUAUAGAAAAGAGAAAAUGGAAAGCAAUAAUGUGGGACUUAAUUUUAAAGUCCAUUCUAGGCAGCCAGGGAGCUAAAAUUUUGAGAGUAUUUAUGUAUAAUAAUUCUCCCAACAUGUGAAGACUGGUGAUGCAGGGAAAUGGCAGGCAAUUUUGGUAACA